CACAGACUCUCUCGUCUCCCUUCGACCCUCUCCCGGCGUCUGGUUUUCUUGGUGUUCUUCAAUGGCGACUCCUAAAACCUACCUUACAACACCAACCAAGACUUCUUCAUCCAAAAAGCACCACCUGCAAACGCAAAUGCUAAACCUAUCAAAUUCAGUUGAGUCCUCUUCAAUUAGGAACCCCAACUCGUUGUCAAACUCUGACUCCAGGUCCCGAUUUGAGGCUUACAAUCGACUCCAGGCGGCCGCAGUGGCAUUCGGCGAGAAGCUCCCGAUCCCGGAGAUCGUGGCACUCGGCGGUCAAUCAGAUGGAAAGAGCUCCCUUCUGGAAGCCCUCCUCGGUUUUCGUUUCAAUGUUCGCGAGGUCGAGAUGGGAACUCGCAGGCCUCUCAUUCUCCAGAUGGUUCAUGAUGCCUCUGCUCUCGAGCCUCGGUGCCGGUUCCAGGAAGAAGAUUCUGAAGAAUAUGGAAGUACAGUUGUUUCCGCAUCAGCAAUUGCAGAUAUUAUAAAGUCAAGAACUGAGUCACUUUUGAAGAAGACAAAAACGGCAGUGUCUCCAAAGCCAAUUGUAAUGAGAGCUGAAUAUGUGCAUUGUCCUAAUCUCACUAUCAUUGAUACCCCUGGCUUUGUGCUUAAGGCAAAAAAAGGAGAACCAGAGAACACUCCUGAUGAAAUUCUUUCAAUGGUGAAGUCAUUGGCUAGUCCACCCCAUCGUAUUCUUUUAUUCCUUCAACAGAGCAGUGUAGAAUGGUGCUCAUCUUUGUGGCUGGAUUCAGUUCGAGAAAUUGAUCCAACCUUCAGGAGGACGAUAAUCGUUGUCUCCAAGUUUGAUAAUAGACUCAAGGAAUUUAGUGACCGAUGGGAGGUUGACCGAUAUCUGAGUGCAAGUGGAUAUCUCGGAGAGAACACUCGCCCAUAUUUUGUUGCUUUGCCAAAGGACAGGAGCACUAUUUCAAAUGAUGAAUUCCGCAAACAAAUAUCUCAGGUAGAUGCAGAGGUCCUGCGUCACUUGCGGGAGGGAGUUAAGGGAGGAUUUGAUGAAGAAAAGUUCAAGCCAAAUAUUGGUUUUGGAUCUCUAAGGGAUUAUUUAGAAUCUGAGCUCCAGAAAAGGUAUAAAGAAGCUGCUCCAGCAACUCUGGCUUUGCUUGAGCAGCGAUGCAGUGAAGUAGCUGCAGAAUUGGCAAGAAUGGACUUCAAAAUUGAGGCUACUUCUGAUAUUGCUCAUCUUAGGAGAUCGGCAAUGCUUCAUGCAGCUUCUGUUAGCAAUCAUGUGGCAUCUUUGAUUGAUGGAGCCGCAGAUCCUUCCCCAGAACUGUGGGGUAAAACAACACAAGAAGAACAGUCAGAGAGUGGUAUUGGGAAUUGGCCUGGUGUAAAUGUAGCUAUUAAACCUCCCAAUGCUACACUUCGAUUAUACGGAGGAGCAGCUUUUGAAAGAGUAAUUCAUGAAUUUCGCUGUGCUGCAUACUCCAUUGAAUGCCCCUCCGUGUCAAGGGAGAAGGUAGCAAACAUAUUACUUGCCCAUGCUGGCCGUGGUGGAGGUAGAGGAGUAACUGAGGCUGCUGCAGAGAUUGCCCGUACUGCUGCUCGGUCAUGGCUAGCUCCUCUUCUUGACACAGCUUGUGAUCGUCUUUCUUUUGUCCUGGGAAAUCUCUUUGAUCUUGCUUUAGAAAGAAACCGCAGUCGCAACUCAGAAUAUGGAAGGAAACCAGGAAAUGUGGAUGGUUAUGUUGGUUUUCAUGCUGCUUUAAGGAAUGCCUAUCUUCGCUUUGUAAAGGAUCUUGCCAAACAAUGCAAGCAACUAGUUAGGCACCUUCUUGAUUCAGUUACUAGCCCAUACUCUCAGGUAUGCUAUGAGAAUGAUUAUCAUGGAAGCUUUGGCUCAACUACAUCCUCUUAUUUCAAGUUCAAUCAAGCUUCAGCUAGUUCAUAUUGUCUCGAGCUAUCUGAGGCAGAGACAAUGUCUCAUGAGGAAAUGAUGAAAGAUGAGGAGAACAUACCUCCUGAAAAGAAAGGGCAGCAAACAACCCCAGGAAAAAAUGCAGAUGCCAGAGAAAGUCAGAUGACUGUGCCUGAGACUCCGUCUCCUGAUCAGCCGUGUGAUGUAUUGUACGGUGCAGCCAAGAAAGAGCUUGGAAAUGGCACGGAAAUUGGAGCACGGAAAAGGGUUGCUAGAAUGGCAGGAAAUAGAAAUGCUGAACCCUUGAGAGUCCAAAAUGGUGGUAGCAUUCUGUUUGGAAACGUUGAUACUGGCUUUAAAUCAGGCUCAGCCUACUCAGAAAUCUGUUCAUUAGCCGCACAGCAUUUUGCACGAAUACGUGAAGUUCUUGUUGAGCGAAGUGUGACAUCAACUUUAAAUUCUGGAUUUUUAACUCCUUGGUAA